AUGUUUUUAUUGUGGAGCGCCAGGCAAUUAUUGUCCCUUUGGUUACUGCAUAUUAUUGUUUAUAUUGGAACAGUUAAUGCGAAAUUAAAAGGACGGAUCUGUGCUUAUGGUGAUAUUGAUAGGGAUCUUUACACCGAUAUCAUUGUUCAGGACAGCGAUCGACUGAAGAUUUAUCUCCAAAAUGAGAAUGGUGAGUUUUCGGAAGCGGGACAAAAUAUCAAUCUCGGGUCAGCACAGAUUGUUUCAUGCGCUAUCGGCGAUUUCAAUGGUGACUCGGUACCUGAUAUAUUAGUAUCAAAAAAGAAGGAUCAGGUGCCUGAACAAGGAGGUUUUUUGUUACAGCCGAGCGGUGGCUUCUUUUCAUCCGGUGAGAAAGGCUAUGAAUCGACAGUGUACAUGUUCCUGUACAGUGCAUACAAGCCAUUUUACCUGAAUGCAACAUUGCUGGAUGAGGUGGCUGUGAUGGACGUGAAUGGUGAUGGGAUCAGUGAUGUGGUCGGCUUUCACUUCAACGGUUCAUUAUUUUGUCAACUUGGCUCUACAUCCGGCAAUUUCUCCUCAUGCGAACGCUCCUUCAAGUAA